AUGUCUACAUACAGUUAUGGGAAUGACGAAUUGCAGCAAAUCAAAGUAUGGAACUACAACCCUGAUAAUAAACACACGUACAUUUAUAUUCACGGCGGUGCUUGGAAAGAUCCCAAAAACACGUUUGACGAAUUAGCACCAGUUGCCAACACCACCCCAGAGUCUACAUUCAUUGGCAUCAAUUAUCGAUUGACGUCACAGAGAGUGAAACAUCCCUUACAUUUGGUUGAUGUAGCCAGAGCUAUCAUUUAUAUUGCUACCAAUUUCAAGACCCAACAGAAGCAUUUAUUAGGUUACUCAGUGGGGGCUACUAUGAUUCUUCAAUUCUUACAAUUCAAAUACCAUUUCAGUGAAGCUUUCGAUUUUUACGUACUGUCGAAUCCUGAUGAUGAGAACUAUGGUGAGUUUGGUGAUUUGUUAGUUGCUGAUGAAUUACACCUACUUGAAGAUAACGAGAACCUAAUUGCCCGACUUGAUGAGUUGAUCAAGCUGGACCAAUUGUACUUUACAUCAGUCAAGUUUCUCGAUGGUAUUUAUGACUUGCCGGAACUAAUUGAAGAGUAUCCCCAAUAUGCCCCCUGGUUCAUUAAUGAAGCGUACCCUGACGCAAAACUAAUUGCAUUGACUUCAUUAUCCAAUCCGAUUUUGAUUAACAAUGGCAAAUUAGCACCAGCGACGUACACUUCCAAUGCCAGCAUGAUUGAUGCAAAGACUACCAUCUACAUUGUCCAUUCAUUACAGGAUGAAUUGUUAUCGCUAAAACAAACACAAUUGUUGUCCGAUUUCUUCAAUAAGACAUUGCAUGGAGGAUGUAUUGUCAUGACUGGCAACUGGGGUAAACACGACGAUGUAUACGGCGACAACCGCAAGGAGAUAUUCUUGUUUGGUGGAGGGGUGGCAUAG